AUGGCUCCUAAGAAGAAGGCACAGCAGACAAUGUCCCUUGGGGACUUUCUGGCUGACAGUUUUGGUGGAGGUUCUUGGGCUGAUGAAGUAGAAGAGACUUCUCAUGCCAUCGGUACUCAGGCUCUGCCCCCUUCCGACCGCCCUCGGUACAACAACAACGCUUCUUCCAGCUGGCAGGACCGGGGUUUCUCCGUUCGCGAAGCUGCCCCUCAACCCCUUCCUGAUAAGCCUCCUUUUACCGCUCACUUGGGUAACCUGGCCUACGACGUUACCAGCGAUGCUGUGGGCGACUUCCUCACCGGCUGCGGUGUUGUCAACGUCCGUCUCAUCGAGGACCGUGAGCUGCAGCGCCCCAAGGGUUUCGGUUACGUUGAGUUCGAGACUCUGGAAGGCCUCAAGCAGGCCCUUGCUCUUGAUGGCGAAUCUUUCGGUGGACGUAUGAUCAAGAUCAAGGUUGCCGAUCCUCCUCGUGGUGGUGAUCCCGGCCGAGGUGACUCUAUCCGCGAGAUGGGUGCCUGGGACCGCAAGGGCCCCCUUCCCGAUGCUCCUUCAAGGGGUGGUGCCCGUGACUUUGGUGACCGUGAGCGCCGACCUCGCGACCCUGCUUUCGAGAGCCGCCCUCAGCGUGAGUUCACCUGGGAGCGACGUGGACCUCUUGCCCCCCUUUCGCCUCAAGAGGGCUCUGGUUCGCGAGACGGAAGCCGUCCCCGUGCUUCUCCCGAUGUCCAGGGUGACCGCAGCGAGUCUUUCCGAGGCAACCGCCGCGAUUCUCCUGCUUGGGGUGAGCCCCGUGAAGGUCGUCCUGAGCGCCCUGAACGCCCUGAGCGACCCGAGCGAACCGCUACUGCUGCUGAGAAGGACAUGCAGUGGCGCGACAGAAUGCGUCCUGACGCCGCCAAGCCUGCCUCGCCCGACACGAGCGCCCCUCCUUCGCCCGCCCUUUCUAACGCACCCACCGCGCAGGGUGGACGUCCUCGCCUGAACCUCACCAAGCGAACUGUCUCUGAGGCUCCUGAUGCUUCCAACGCCUCUGGCUCAGAUGCUAAGGCCAGCCCCUUCGGAGCCGCUCGUCCUAUCGAUACAGCAGCCAGAGAGAAGGAGAUCGAGGUCAAGCGCCAGCAGGCCAUCCAAGAGAAGAAGGAGGCCGAUGAGAAGGCCAAGGAGGAGAAGCGAUUGGCGAAGGAGGCUGCUGCCAAGGCUGAGGCCGAGGCUGAAGCUAAGGCUGAAGCUGAAGCUGCUCAGGCCAAGGAGGAUGCCGCUGCUGCUGAGACUCAGAAGGCUGCUGAGACUAAGGAGGCUGCUGAGACAACACAGGAGUCUGCUGAGCCUAAGGCUGAGAACGCCGACGGUCAACAAAAAGUCCCUAUCCGAAACCGCGAGCCCCGGGAAGCCCCCAAGUCAAAGGCAAACGAAGCUUCAAGCUGGCGCUCCGCCGGUAACGACCAGCGAGGACCCCGUGGAGGCGCCGGACCUCGAGGUGGCCGAGGUGGUCGCGGCGGUAUGCGAGAAGCCCGUACUGGACCUCUUCGAUCUAACGGAGCCGCUCCUCAACAAGCAGCCGCUUCCCCCGAUGCGGAGCCUGCUACUCCCACAGCCGAAGAUGACGGUUGGACCACGGUACCCAACAAGAAGGGUCGCCAGGGCCGUGCGAUGGCACCCUAG